CCGCUCUGCUAUUGCUAUUGCUGGACGUAGAUAAAAGUUGAGCUUCUUGCAAGAGGAAGACGCUAGGCUGAAUUGGGUCGCCAAAAUUCGAGACGUUUUUGCAGGGCAGGGCAAGGCAAGGCAAGGCAAGGCAACGACAGGCAUCCCUUGCAUCUUCUCCGACUCCCCCGCAACAAACUACUCCGUAGAUUGUUCUGAGCUUCCAAGUUCCAGCCUCUUGGAAUCGAACAUUGGAACGUGCUACGGAGCUUCCAAACUUCGAUGCUAAUCACUGCUGCCAAACUCAAAGUCGAUCGCCGAGUCAGCCCAAACAUCCAAAACGCGGAAUCCGUACUCCGGACCAUUCCCUAUCAGAUCAACAUCGCAACCCUCCACGAUGAGCAUGAGCAUGCACGCCGCAGGGGACAUACCCCUCCAGAUCACGUCGGAAAACUCCUCCUCUGAACGCCGAAUAACCCCAUCAUGGACCAUCGGCCAGUUGAAGGCGAAGCUUGAGCCCAUCACUGGCAUCCCGCCUCUGUCACAGAAGCUCACGUUGAAGCUCGGAAGUCAGCAAUCCGUCCCUAUGGAGGCUGCUGAUGAAGAGAAUACCCAGCUUGGGGUUUUCCCAUUGGCGCCGUAUGCGGAGAUUCACGUUACUGACAUCCGCCCGUCGGGAAUGCGGCCAAACUUUACCGAUGCCUCGCAAGUAGCUAAAUAUGAGUUGCCCCCUGAUGAAUACGAGAAAAAGACCGAUAGUGUACUGGCCUGGAAGAAGGCACAGAAACUCGGUCGUUUCGAUCCUGCUGCCCCUUCUCUCGAGCAGGCUAAAUUCCAGGCUCUUGAGACUGAGAUCAAGAAUAGAGGCAUCGAAAUUGGCAAGAGAUGUCGAGUUGGGGGUCAAGAUACGAAGAGAGGAGUGGUGAUGUAUAUUGGGGAGGUCGAGGAGAUUCCGGGUGGAGCAGGAAAGUGGAUCGGCGUGAAGUUGGAUGAGCCAGUUGGGCGCAACGAUGGAAGUUUAGCUGGGGGGAAGAGGUAUUGGGGAAAGGACGGCGACCCAAAGUCCGGAGUAUUCGUGAGACCAGAAAGGGUCGAGGUCGGAGAUUGGCCUGUCAUUGAUGAUUUGGAGGACAUGGAAGAGAUUUGAUAACUCUCGCGGCCUCCGAGUGCGGAUUAGGUUCACGUCAGUUGCUCAGAUACCCGACAGCCUACAGGUGCUUUCUACAUAAAAAUUGCCGUCAUUCAAGA